AUGACAACAGACGAACAUAUGCAACCUAAUGAAAAAUCUCAAGUGCAAGUAGCCGAAGAGGCCCACAACAAACAGCAGAAACAAGAACAAUGUGAAGCUUCUUCUCUCCCACAAGAAGUUGUCUUGCUGCUAACUGCCAGCCUACCAAAAUUUGGACUGUCAUUAACCGCCACCGAUCAAUUCUUGGACGAAAAAGACACCAGCAAUGACUCUAGCACAUCAACAAAGCAGUUUUUCGAGCAAUUACAGAAACUGGGACGCCAGUUAGGAUACCUGGAAUCUAGCUCGAGUGGAUUUAGAGGACUUGUUGGUAGUGGCAACGGUGGUGUCAAGAGGAAGAGAAGGGACGGGGAGUCAGUGCUGCAGCACUAUGAUAUGGAGAAGCCGGCAAUGGUAUCUCGCAUUGAAAGCUUCAUACAAGCCAAACGAAGUAAAAUCGAUUCGAGCAAUCAGGCUGAAUUUACACGUGUUGAUCAAGCAGACUCCUGCGCACGAAGUGACACUGUCGAACUAAAUCGAUCAGUGCAAAUGAAGAUUGCUGUCGCCCACAACAAGGAUGACCCGCUCGCUAGAUCGUGGAGACAUACAACAGAUGCUAGCAGUAGUGGUAAUACAAAACCAACACCGAACAAUGCAGCUACAGUCCCGAAAACACAUCUCGUAUCUGAACGACUAUCAAACAUUGAAUCGUAUCUGGAUGUGCCGUAUCAGCCUGCUCCUAAACGUGCUUCCAAUAAUACCAAUAAUAGUAUCAGUAAUGGAGGCACAAGUACUACCGGAGCAAACGGCAAAAACGAGGCCCAAGUUAUCAAGGAGGUGCUAUCCCGAAUAAAAAUCGUUGAAGACCGAAUCGUGACUUUGGAAAGGGAGUAUCCGGCCUGGUCGACCAACAAUCUAAAUCAGAAUGCCAGGAAUGGGAAUCCGCAAAUUAGUAAUAAUAAUACCUUGCUGGGUAAUAGGGAUGGUGGUAAUAGUCUAAGUAGUGGUGUGGCUAUGAGUAUGGGAGCUAGAGGGUUGGGAUCGUUUGCCAUUGCUGCUGUCAAUGGGAAGUCAACAGAUAAACCGUCACAGCAACAAACAGCAACAAACGUACAACAACAACAGCCUAAACCCAUAUCGGCGACACAAUCCACACCACCAAGCCAAACCCGAACACUCGUCACUAGUGUAUCGAAUGUACUGCCGCAAGCUAGCGCUGUUGACAGUGACGAAGAAGACAGCGACGAAGGUGAUUUGAGUGCGAUUGAAUUGAAGAUCAAGGCACUUAAGGAGUCCUUGCUGGCUCGUAAAUUGUAG